AUGUUUGGAUUUGGCGAGCACCACGAUUCCUACCAGCAAGUCUACGGCCAGCAAGAGCAUGAGGGCAAAUUUAGCCAUGAGCUCAUUGCUGGUGCAGCUUCUUUUGAGGCUAUGAAGAUGUUUGAGGAUAGGCAGCGUAGUGAGGGCAAGACCGUCUCUCAUGCCUUUGCCAAGGAGAUGCUUGCUGGUAUCGCUGGAGGAGAAGUCGACAAGCUGUUUGAGACAAAAGGGCUAGACUAUAUCGACAGGGAGGAAGCUAAGCGCCAAGCUCAAAACAACGCAGUCAACAUGUAUGAACAGCACUACGGUGGCGAGCAGCAGUAUGACCCUUCUCAGCAGUCUGCACCACAGGAGCUGCAGCAGUAUGGCAAUGGCAGGUGGUAGUCUGUGCCACAAGGAUGCUUGAUACACCAGUAUACGAAUAGCUACCUCAGUAAGCUUGAUCAUAGCAUUGAUAUCUUCUCACUGCGAAAAGUACAAAGACGAAGGAGAGCGUACAUGUAAAGGCCCAUCUGAAUGGGCGGCGAAUGGAAAGCAGG